GGUUGAUACCGUUGAUACCGAAGAGAGUUUUCACAAGUCACAAGCCCCGUGGAAUCAGCCCACUCGAGAUGAAGCUCUACUGGAACUUCUUGGCUGCUGCGAUGGUGCUGGCUUCGGCCACUUCUGGACUGAGACCUCCGAGGUCCUACUACCGGAGGAGCUACUUCAGUGCAGUGGCUCCGGGAUCUGGCCACGGAUCGGGAUCCCUGCCAGGACCCGUGAGACUGGGACCUGCUGGAUACCUGCGAGCGGACCUGCAGACGAACGAGAGCAAGCACCGGCACGUGAGCAAGAAGUACCCCAAGAAGAGCCACUACAGGCCCUACGGAUCGCAAGAGGAGGAAGACUACUCCGGCGAGCGCUACAACUCAGCUGAGUACUCCGCGGAGUCCUCGGUGCAGGACAGCCGGGAGUACACCAUCGGCACCCAGAUCCGCGUCCAGCACCCGAUCACAGUGCCCAAGAAGCCCGGCCACUCGGGAUACCAGAAGCAGCCGCAGUACGUGACCGCCAUUCCCUACAAGGCCACGGGCUACGGGUCCGAUCUCCACAAGGCCACCGGCUACGGCUCCUCCGAUGCUCACAUUGGAUCCGCCGAGGACGUAGGUCCGCCUCCCAAGCGCUCGAAGUGGAAUCCGGUGCAGUACGAGGCGGAGGCCGAUCCCUUCCACCUGGUGCCUCCUCCGAAGGCAACCGUGGCUUCCAGCAGCAACUCCUAUAGUGUCUACGAACCAGAGCACGACGACUACGACGUGGUCCCGGUGCCGAGGGCCAAGAGCCACGACCGCUACAAGAACGUGGCCUCCAAGAAGCAGAUCGAGGCGUACCUGGAGGACCAGCAGAAGCUGCUAGACGAGGCCAUCAAGGUUCAGCUGCUGAACAACCCCAAGCUGCAGAAGUUCUUCAAGGCGCAGGCCCAGGAACAGGAGCGCGAGUCGCGGCCGGACCUCGAGCUCGAGGACUUCGAGGCCUACCCGCCCAGCUUCUCCGGCCCGGGUCACCUGCGGAGCAAGUACAUCGAGCACCCGCCUCCGCCGCCCCCGAAGGGAUCCCGCUCAAGGCGACGUCCCCCGAGCGGAGAUCUCAGCCGGCCGCCCAAGAGCAUCAUCAAGCCCAAGCGGAAGUACCGCUCCACAGCACUGGUCAUCAACGUGUGA